AUGGGUGGUGAGGAAAACACAGCAAAAAACUGGAUGAAUAUUAAGGAUAAUGCAAGGAAGACCUAGAUGGAGGUAGCAGGAUUAGGUCUUUCUGCUGAAGAAAGAAAGAGAAGUCAAAGUACAAACCCAGCUGGUCUUAAUAGUUCUGCUGGUAGCCUUGGAUUCUCACUUGCUGGAAAUAGAGGAGCAGGAGGAGCAUAAAAUAAGACCAAUAAGCUGCUAGACCACUAUCUUGUCUUUAAUAUUGGUAAUCUUGAAAAGAUAAACAUUUUAGAAAAUAAGAAUUGGGAGAAGAGAAAAGCAAAGGACCCGAAUCUAUUUAUUCACGGUGGCUAGAUCAUCAAUCAGAGUGAUAAAAAGAAUAAGUCACAGGCAGAUCUAUUUGUGUUUUAAGUGGACUCAUAAUAGUGGAGAAGAUUUUUUGUAUUUGACUAGCCCACUGCAAGAGAUCAGCAUUCCCUGACCAAGUGUAACUAAAACUUUUAUGUCUAUGGAGGCAAUAUCAGUCCAGAAAACUUAUAACUAGAUGAAAUGUGGUUCUUGAACAUGGAAAAUGUUCCCUGGAAUUCUAAAUAGCUAGAGCUUCCCGGUAUUUAAUGGGAGAAGAUAUAAUAUACCUCUGAAGAUGGAUAACUACCAGGCAAACUUAAAGGUCAUAAAAUAGUCGCACAUCCUGAUUAAGAGCAUCUUAUAUUAUUUGGAGGGUAAUCUCCAGACUAUAAAUGCCAUAAUCAUGUAUUCUUCUUCAACAUUUAAAGAAGAAGUUGGAGAAAAAUUGAGACAAAAGGUACACAGCCCUAGGGAAGAUGUCAUCAUUAGAUGAUGCUCUUAGGUGAUUCAAUGAUUGUUAUUUUUGGAGGUAUUGGCGAAGAAUCUAAUUCAGCUAGCAACUCAUCACCUUAGAUUACACUGCUUAAUGACCUUUAGAUACUUAACCUGCAAGAGUUUCAUUGGAUUUAGCCUAUUACUGGUGGUAUGACUCCUAGUCCAAGAUAUGGUCAUGUUAUGAGUAAUGGUCAGUAAAAUAAUGAAGUCUAUGUAUUUGGAGGGAUAAAUGAAAAAUUUGACUUUUGUUCGAAAGAGUUCUUUCUAUUGUACGAGACCUCAAAGUAAUCUGAUAAAAAUUGGAAAAUAGUAGAGGAUCUAGAUUUAGGUCAAGAACAGCAAAAGAAUCUUUAAUAAGCUGAUUGGGAAAUAGAAGUUCAAAAGUAAAAGAUUGCCGAGAUUGAGGACAGCAUCAAAAGAGUUUAAGAUGAAAGAUAGUAAACAGAACUUGAGAUGCAAAUUCUCAAGAAGAGAUUUGAAAAUGCUAGUUAUGAAGUUGACUAAGAAUCUCAGAAAUGGGUGCAAUACCUAGGUAAUAGAGAGUCUCUUCGUAACAGAGAGAGUAAGUUUUGUGAGUAGUUGAAACAACUGACGGAUUAAGAGCAUAAUUACAGGAAAUUUUUCUAGCAGAAGUGUAUGAUGCUUACUGAUAUGUUUAAGAAUAUGGAGCAUCUUCUCAUUAAUAUUGAUAAAGCAGUUGUUUAAGUGCUUGAUAAGGAUGAUAACAUGCUUUUGAUGGAUGAAUCAUUCAAUCAAGAAUUUAAAAAGAUUGAAAAAGAGAGAGCUACUCACCUUAGAUGCUUACAUGAUUUGAAUUCAACAUUCAGUAAGCUAAAUAGUGAGGAAGAGGAAAUUCAAAAGAAAAUUGAUUUUUAUGAAAGAUAAGCUGAAAUUGAUAGGGUAAUAGAGGAUGACCAACUUUAACAAGAAAAAGAUAUUCAAAAAGAUUAAUAAAGAAAAAGUAAAGCUAAUCAAGAUCAUAAUGAUUUUUGA